AUGCGUACGGGCGGCCCAGACGGCUUAUUUAAUAAGCACAGCGCCGUAUACGACGAUGGCUUUAAGCCAGCAAUGGCAUGGCAGUGCCUCCUCAACCAGGGCUCGAUUCUGGCUAGAGUAGCUGUGAAGGUGAUGAACACACUUGUGAACUCCGUACCCUCAGAACGAAGCUUCUCUGCUAUUAGUUUUAUACAUACAAAAGCUCGGAAUCGCCUUACGCCAGUGCACGCUGACAUGCAGGCCUUCAUUUUUAUGAACGACCGCGUGUUAGAUCGUCUCAAGGACGAGAAGUAUGCCCACAAAAAGCGCUGGGCGGAUCUUGAGGAGAAGGACUGGCUAGAACUCGAAGAUUCAUAUCUCGAGUUAUUUGUGAAUGCGCAGGGCAAGAAGGUCUGGAUGGACGGCGCGAUGGCCUCAACCAAUGAGGAUUUUGAGUGGGAGGGUGUAUUACAGUCGACGGGUGAUAUAUUGGGUGUUGGCACUGAGGUGGAAUCUGAGGAAGGGGAAAUUUGCCACAUCACUACCCUGGACAACGAAACACGCUGGAACUCUUGGGCCAUUGAGGUCGCAGUCGCACUGUCAAAGAGAAAGGAGAUCAAUAGCUGGCAAGAGGACCAUCACAGCGAAUUAGGUGAAGACAGGCUGGAAUUUAAAGACUGGCAGGAGCUGCAGCUAGUCGAUGAGUUUCUCCAGCCAUUUUUGAGCGCCACCAAAGGCACUGAGGGUGAGGAGAGUUCUUUGGACGAUAUGCUAAUGUCUAUGGACUUUUUGAUUGAGCAUUUCAAGUUACAGAAGGAAAAGCAUAAGAAUAACCCUCAGAUGACGACUAGGAUCUUGGCGUCAUGGUUCAAGUUCGACAAGUAUUACCAGCUAACCGAUGACUCUCCAAUUUAUGCUGCCGCCAUCCUUCUCAAUCCUGCCCUUCGUAGGGCAUACCUAGACUCUGCAUGGUCUCAUCAAACGGCCUAUAUCGAGCCGGCAGUUGAACAAGCCAGAGAGAUGUGGACGCAAAGCUUCAAACCCAUGGUAACAACAACGACGGAAGAAGCUCUUGCAGCCAUUAAAGAUCCUUUUCAGCGGUUUCGAGCAAAGGCAACAGGCUUUGUUUCCAUCAAAGACGAAUUCGACGACUUCAUCAACGCAAAUCCGCAUCCAAUUGGCUCUCAGUCUCCUUUAGAAUGGUGGCUUGAACCAUCUCGCAGAGCACUCUAUCCAAACCUGCAACAAAUGGCCGUAACAGUAUUCGCUAUCCCACCGAUGUCGGCAGGUCCAGAGAGGGUGUUUUCGGGCACACGGCAUACAAUUGCACCAGAACGCGCAAGGCUAGGCGCCAAGAUGGUAGAAAUGACAGAAUGCGUUAAGAGCUGGGUGCAUAUCAGGCCAGGCAGAGCUCGCGCGGUACUUUCUGGGGUGUUUCGCAACUCUCAACACGCGGAUGACGCCCUUGGAGUGCUGCAAGAAGACAGCCACAGAGAAGAGGCUAGUGAAGCUGAGACGUCAGUUUCAGUGACUGAAACUGAUACUAAGCUCGGUUUCAGUUUCAAUACGUUUCUAUCCAUCACUGCCUGGUGGCUCCGUGAUGAGCAGAAGGAGCGCUUUCCUCGAUUGUCAAAAAUGGCAAUAGACAUUUUGUCAAUACCCGCCAUGUCUGCUGAUCCUGAACGUACAUUUUCUGGAGCACGGCGCUCAAUAUCAUGGGACCGAAUGCUCUUUGGAGCGUCAACAAUUGAGAGGGGCGAAUGCUUAAAAAGCUGGAUCCGUAGUGGCAUAACGGCGGGGCUACAAGUGGAAGAGCUUGAGCAAUACGAGCACAUGGCAAAGGAAGACAGCACCGUAGCUACAGGGGAAGAUUUUGACCUCUGA